GACAUGACAGCCUGCAUCUUCAUUAGAGGAGGGAAAAUCGACAGAGAGCUGGCUGAUGAUGAGAUUGAAGAGCUUCGUGAGGCAUUUGAUGAGUUUGAUAAGGAUAAAGAUGGGCUGAUUAGCUGUAAGGAUUUGGGAAACCUGAUGAGGACCAUGGGUUAUAUGCCAACAGAAAUGGAGCUGAUUGAACUGAGCCAGAACAUCAACAUGAACUUGGGAGGCAGGGUGGACUUUGAGGACUUUGUAGAGCUUAUGGCGCCAAAGCUGCUUGCAGAGACUGCGGGGAUGAUUGGUGUGAAAGAGCUGAGAGAUGCCUUCAAGGAGUUUGACAUGGAUGGGGACGGCGAGAUCACCACAGAGGAACUGCGCAGUGCCAUGACUAAGCUAAUGGGUGAACACAUGAGUAGAAGAGAGAUUGACGCCAUUGUGCAAGAGGCUGACAACAACGGGGAUGGAACUGUAGAUUUUGAAGAAUUUGUCAGAAUGAUGUCCCGUCAAUGA